UCGUUUUAAUGAAUUUUUCAGAAAAUUAUAAACAUAAGAAUGGAGAAGAUUCAAGAGAGGAAGCGUAAAGUUCCUCUGAAGCUCGAUGCUGAGUCUCUGGUGGAAUUGGGGAAAGAAAUAUGGAACAUAGUGAGGAUGUUUCAGGAAGGGUUAAUUUCUAAGGCGCUGGCUUCACUAAUUGAAUCACACAUAGAGUCUGUUAGUAUUACUCCAGGGCAGAUCAGUAGCAUUGUCACCAGGCUGAAGGAUAUGUUCAUAACUACUAAACUUAUGUCAGGCGAUAUUCUGAUUCAGUGCGUCAAGGAUCCCAAUAAAGCUCAUUUGGACAGAUUUGAAAAGAAGAUUGAUAGAAGAACAAGGAGAGUUCUAGAACUUGACAUCAACAGGGCCCAGUAUCAAGAACUAGUACUUGACACAAUUGUGAAGAGGCUUCCAGACGUUUUAGUUGCAAAGAUCCAAGAACUUUUGAUGGAAAACGAGGAUGGUUUGGACUUCUUUACACUAAGGGAAAUGUACCAUAGAAGGUUUGAGUACCAGUUAAAUCCUAGAGACUACGGGUAUGAGACGUUUAGAGCUCUUGUAACAGACCUAGUCUUUGCUCAACAACAGGAAGAGAUCGAGUUAACUUUUGGAGAAGAUAAUCGCUGCUAUCUCCGUCCUGCUGGUAAACUGAGAAAGGAUUACUUGAAGAAAGAUUGCAAGGGGUUUAGCAAGGUCUCUCUUCUAAGACUAGUUAUCGACCGACCUACUCAGAACCGGAUUGAGCAGGUUUUGUUGAAUAACACUGAUAUACAUUUCCGCACUCUGGGUAGUGUAUACAGUGAGCUGUACAAGAAACCUUUGGAUCCUAAGAAGUUUUACUGCUUCUCGAUGGAUGAACUCGUGUUAUUCAAUUCUCAUUUUCUAAAAGUUAAAAAUGGUAUUGUAACACUGCAGAAACCAAGUUCCAAUGCUGUUCUGAAAUCGGCAACUGUUGGUAAACCCAGUCUACCAGCUCCAACAAUCCCCAUCUCAUCUGAACUGCAAAAGGAUGUUGUUGGAUUCCACGAGAUAGAAGAGAUGGAGAUAUCGCAUCUCAAGGAAAAUACUUGGGUCAACAUGAAGAUCACCCACGUUAUCAACCCAGAUUUGUUGUAUGGAUGCCUGAAAGACCUGGAAACAACUAUGAAGGGGUUUGAAAGCAAUAUGAAUGAAUUCUACUUUGAUGGAAGGAACUCCGACAGGUUGCGACUAUCCAUUGAUGAGGUUGGAGUUGGAUUGUCUGUAGCUUUACUCUACACUGAUGGAUAUUGGUAUAGAGGUCGUGUCACUCAAGUUCUAGGAGGAGAUAAGUGUACUGUUUUCUACAUAGACUACGGAUAUACUUGUCAGGUGAUUCUACCUGCUAUGAGGCAUCUGCACUUAAAAUUCUCUGACAUGAAAGCACAGGCAAUCAGAUUUGGAUUAUUUACUGAGAAUCAAGCACCCAGCAAUAACUGGUCUAUCUCCUGCAAACAGAAGUUGAAGGAAUUGAUUCAACAGUGUGAGUCUAGCUACAAUAUUCCUGUAGCUGAUGGUGAUGAACCUAUCCAGGGUGCUCUUGCUCUUAUCCUUCCGGUUCCUCAAUACCAGAUGCUCAAGGGCUGCAGAAUGAGUGUUCAACUGAAAUAUAUUAGAGAUGGAAACCUGUUGGUUGAGAUAAAUCCGGAGAUUAAAACUUUCAGGCUUGCUGCUCCAACCACUGCUAACCUUGGUGCUGCUCCAGCAACUGGUAAACCUAGUACCUCUGCUGCUGUAAUAAAUGGAGCUACCACUGCUGUUAAUUCUGUAGUUGCUAGAAAUGAAGCUGCUUCUGCUGCUGUUAAUCCUGUUGUUGUUCUCCAGGUAGCUAAGACCAAGCUGGCUCUGCUGUGCAAGCACCUGAAGUUGAACCUGUACAGGAAUGACAAGAAGUUUCUUAGCAACAUCAAGGCCCAUAUAGGAGGUAUUGAGAAGGAAGUAGAGUUAUGUGAGAAAAUAUUCAGUGACGUGAUUUCCGGUUCCAAGAUAGAAGUGGAUUCUCUAAACCGUCUUCAGAUGGAGCAGUUCCUGUGCACUGUGCAGACAAAAUUCAGUAGGUGGCUGUGGAGCUAGAGAGAAUGAUGGAAUCCUUGCAUUUCUACUAAUCGUGGAUGAUGUAACAAGCUUAUGCACCCAAACCUGUGCCUUAUUUACCAAGCAAACUAAUGCUACAUUUACCAAGCAAAUCUUCAAGCACAACUGUAAAUCAUUGCUACAUAUUCGACUGUAAAUCAUUGCUACAUAUUCGAACCAUGCAAACCAUUGCUACAUUCAAGUAACCCCUUAGUACAAUGCUACAGGGAUGUAAAAGCAUUACAUUCUCAUUAUCUUGAGUUACUACAAUUAUAUUCGUUUGCAGCAGAUUUGUCUUUUUAGCUCAACAAUUUCAGGCAUGCAUCAGCGUUAAAAGGCUGUAGGCAUAUAUGUCAAAUUUGAUAAAGAAAAUCCAAAAAUAAACUUAACAAUAGUCCUGUUUAACUGCAAAUUGAAAUGUAAUGUGGCUUUUCGUCAAAGAAAGUUAGUUUGUUAAAUUGUGAAACAACAUAAAACAUUUAUACGUAAAUCAGUUCAAAAUUGUUAUGUGAAAAUUAUGUCAAAGUUUUGUAG